UACACCGCGCCUCAUUAGCAUAACACUUUCCGGUGUCUACAAGAGCCGAGCGAACACGUUCAGCUCCGGAGAAAUACCAGCACAUCUCGAUUUCACACGACAUCAGCACAGAGACAUGAGUGCAAACAUGAGCGACAGCGAGAAGCUGGACAAGCAGCGGCUGAAGAACUUCAAGAAUAAAGGGCGCGAUCUGGAGACGAUGAGGAGGCAGCGGACUGAAGUGGUGGUUGAACUCAGGAAGAAUAAGAGAGACGAGCACCUGCUGAAGCGCAGGAACGUGCCUCAUGAGGAUAUCUGUGAGGACUCUGACGCAGACGGAGAUCUCAGGAGUCAAAACUCUUCUCUUGAAGCAAUAGUGCAGAAUGCCACCAGUGAUAACCAGGGCGUCCAGCUCAGCGCCGUCCAGGCCGCCAGGAAGCUGCUGUCGAGUGACCGCAACCCUCCCAUAGACGACCUGAUCAAGUCUGGGAUCCUGCCCAUCCUGGUGCACUGUCUGGACCGAGACGACAAUCCUUCUCUGCAGUUCGAGGCGGCCUGGGCCUUGACCAACAUCGCUUCAGGCACAUCAGAGCAGACUCAGGCCGUGGUGCAGUCCAAUGCGGUUCCUCUGUUCCUGCGGCUCCUGCACUCUCCGCAUCAGAACGUGUGUGAGCAGGCCGUCUGGGCUUUAGGGAACAUCAUCGGUGAUGGUCCUCAGUGCAGAGACUACGUCAUCAGCCUGGGGGUGGUCAAGCCCCUCCUGGCCUUCAUCAGCCCCUCCAUACCCAUCACCUUCCUCCGCAACGUCACUUGGGUCAUGGUGAACCUGUGCCGGCACAAGGACCCCCCCCCGCCCAUGGAGACCAUCCAGGAGAUUCUCCCUGCGCUGUGCGUGCUCAUCCACCACACUGAUGUGAACAUCCUGGUGGACACCGUCUGGGCGCUGUCUUAUCUCACAGACGCUGGCAAUGAGCAGAUCCAGAUGGUCAUCGACUCGGGGAUUGUGCCGUACCUCGUGCCCUUACUGAGCCACCAGGAGGUCAAAGUUCAGACGGCUGCUCUGCGAGCGGUGGGGAACAUAGUGACGGGCACAGAUGAACAGACGCAGGUGGUGCUCAACUGUGACGCUCUGGGGCACUUCCAAGCGCUCCUCACACACCCCAAAGAGAAGAUCAACAAGGAGGCCGUGUGGUUCCUGUCCAACAUCACGGCAGGAAACCAGCAGCAGGUUCAGGCCGUCAUCGAUGCCAAUCUAGUGCCCAUGAUUAUUCUGCUGCUGGAUAAGGGAGAUUUCGGCACUCAGAAGGAGGCGGCGUGGGCCAUCAGUAACCUGACCAUCAGCGGCAGAAAGGAGCAGGUGGCGUACCUGAUCCAGCAGCAGGUGGUUCCUCCCUUCUGUAACCUGCUGACGGUCAAAGACGCUCAGGUGGUGCAGGUGGUCCUGGACGGACUCAGUAAUAUCCUCAAGAUGGCUGAUGAUGAAGCGGAGACCAUCGCCAACCUGAUCGAGGAGUGUGGAGGUUUGGAGAAAAUCGAGCAACUGCAGAACCAUGAGAAUGAGGACAUCUACAAACUGGCUUAUGAAAUAAUCGAUCAGUUCUUCUCAUCUGAUGAUAUUGACGAGGACUCCAACCUGGUCCCCGAAGCGAUCCAAGGAGGAACGUACAGCUUCAACUCUUCUACCAACGUGCCAGCAGAGGGGUUCCAGUUCUAGACCCGACGGGGAAGUCUGGAGAUUUGUUUGUGAUGCAGCACUCUGUUCAACAUUAAAAAUAAUUAGAGAGAGCGAGAGAGAGCGCGAGAGAGUGUGAGAGAUAUUAGAUCCGUUGUGCUUGGCUGAUGGGAUCCAGCUGCAUCUAAUCCGAGAGAAACUGAGUGGAGCUGCUUCUGGAGGAAGCGUCCAGACGGCGUUUGAGACGGCUUUGAGUGGAUGUGAGUGAGAGUGAGUGGCUGACUACUGCGUUUCAAACACCACCAUCUAAACCCAACGCGUGUCUUUUCAACACAACCAAACCCAACCAAUGGGAAUAACCAAGACAUCUCGCGCGAAUAAUCAGAGGAAGAACACUAAAGGAGAACCUCACCAACAACCAAGAGACGGGAACACACUUCUGAAGUGUGUGUGUGCGUUCAUCUGAUGUGCUGGAGAACAAACCCAGCAGGCCAGAGCCCUCUCCUUCACGCCGCAGUCUUUGGUCUGUCUGUGUGUGUGUGUGUGUGUGUGUGUGUGUGUGUGCUUGACUGACUGAAGAAACGCAGGACUGAAUGUAACGGACGCAGCGAGUCAAGAGCGUGUGGAAGGUGACCAAUUCAAUGGGAAAUAGUGGAAUAGCCUGGAAGAGGAGGCUAAAUUAAUAAUUCAAAUAAAUCACCUGCGGUGGAACGAGUGGACAUCAGUGAUCUAAAGAAGACAAUGUCAUGACUUUAAUUCUCCCUUUUCUUUUAACUGUUUAGUGUUGAUGACACUGGACUGAGCUUUGGCUGUUGCGUCUUCAAGGACGUGCGUGUUGUCCCAGUGUUUUUUCUUUUUCUUUUGGCCUUCCCAGUUUCAGCUUUUAUUUUUCAGUGCUGGUGUAAAUACAUGUAAUACACACAGUGCACUGUUGUACCUUUGCACAGACCCGGGCUAUUGUACAUUAACUGCACUGCUGUCAUGAUGAGUUUCCCGCUUCUCUGUUCUGGGGAAUAAAUGCGAUGGCUUUGAGCCGUGCGUGAUCAUGUGGGGAGGCGUUUCAGACGGAUCCACAGCAUGUGCUAAACUGCAGCAUACCUCCUUUUAGUGGGUUUUAGUUUUGUAAGUAUUAGUUUUUCCUCCUUUUAUUUUUAAAGUACCUACUGUAAUGUUUGUGACUUUUUUUUUUUUCAUUUCUGCCCCUCACCGUUCCUGACCGACAAGCAAUUCUCCACCGUUUUGCACAUUGCAGCGUUGGAGGUGUGUGAACAUUAGCGAGAUGGACAAAACUCAAACUCCUACUUGUAGUGCAAAUACAGAGUCCAUCUUCAUUUGUAGAUAUUGGUGUUCAGUGUUGAGCGUGUCUCUGGCGGACUGUGCGGUCCUUCAUCCUAAAGCACGCACAGGUAACGGUCUGAAAGCGCUGUUUAGGUUUACCAUCGAUCCUUUCGUUUCUUAAUUUUAGUUGACUGUAGAGCUCUCUGUUUUGCAUAACCUCAUUGUUUUAUUUACAGCCCACCCUCCCUAGCAUCAUUCCUUGUUUGCAAAUAUGUAGUUUCAAAAGAAGAGAAAAUAGAUGGUAUGCCUAUCCUGUUGGCCAUAGACUACAGGCUCUGUACCUAUUCAAAUAAAUAUUCAGAUGUGUCACA